AUGCAGAACAGUCCCGCCUCGUCGCACAACCCCUUCCCCUCCUCAUCCACGCCCAACUCGUUCAUGGACACCUUCGACUUUGCCAACCCCGACUUUUCCACCGCCAGCUCCGGCAUCGACGAUCUCAACAUCUUCCCCGCCAACUCGGCCCAUUCCGUCUCGUCGCACCACAACGCGCAAUCGGACGCCGGCUCCGCGCCGGUGAGCCAUCAUCCCAGCCCCUCGGCCGCCUUCAACCACUCGGCAGCCUCACACAACUCGGAUCAUCAGCCAGGCUCCACCACUCACGCCGCCGCCGCCUUCCUCAACGCUCCCUCGCACGCUGGCUCGCCUCUCGCCUUCCCGCGCAACCGUUUCGACAAUCACGCCUCCACAAGCCCACAGGGCAGCACCGCCAAUCAAGCCGGCAGCGACUCGGGCCACAACCGUCCGCCAUCCACCGUCGGCUCCGAGAUCAACUUUGCAGGCUCCCGUCACCUCGAUAGCAAUCACGCCCCCGGUUCUGCUAUGCAGCCUUCCCAUUCCAACCAGUCGCACAUGAACGACCACGACAACAACAUGCCCCAGCUCUCCAUCGCCGACCUCCAGCAGAUGCUCCUCGAGCGCGAGAGGACCGAGCGCAUUCAAAACAUGCAGACCGCUCUCCUCAAGCAGCAGCUCGACCAGCUCGCGCGCACGCAGCAGCACCAGCACUCGCAGCAGCAUUCGCAACAACAGCCGCAGCAGCAGCAGCAACACCAUCAGCACCAGCAACAGCAACAGCAACAGCAACACAUGCACAACGCUGGGCCUUCCUCCAACCUCCAACUCAACUUGUCCGGCGGCGCGGGUCAGCUCUCUCCAGGCCAGCAGCAGAGCCUCCUUGCUGCGCUCCAGAGCGCUUUUGCUGCCGGUAACAACCCAAGCGCCCACAACAACGUCCUCCAAGCCGCCCACUACCAGCAGCAGCAGCAACAGCAGCAGCAACAGCAGCAGGGCCCGGGCCAAAACGCGUGGCAGCAGAACCAAUCGGGCGCCGGUGGCGACCAGGCCAGCGUGCUCGCACAGUACGGCCUCAUCACGCCCAUGGGCUCGGGUCCCUUCAACAGCACCUCGUGUCCGCCCGGCUCGGCCAACUUUAUGUCGCCGCUCACCAUGCAGCCCAACUCGCAGCCCGGCAGCGUCGGCGUCGAGCAGAGGCCCGGCCACGACUACGUCGGCAGCUACACGCCGCUCGAGUCGCCCGCCAUGACGCCUGCCAGCGUCUUCUCCACCGGCUCCACGGGCAUCGUCAUGUCCGAGCUCUUUUCGCCGCUCACCUCGCCCGCGCUCGGGCCGCAUCCACCGAGUCUGAGCGAGAUCAUGCUGCCGCCCGCGCAGUUGCAGCAUCCGCACCAGCAGGCCAUGCACGCUUCGCCCGCGGUGGCGCCGAUCGCCAGCAGCUUUACGCCCACCGCAUCGCCGCUCGCGCUCAUCGCCAAGGGCUCGUCCAAGAUCCGCAAGAACCGCAGCACCACCGCAGAGGCAAGGGCCAACAAGGUCAGGCCGUCGCCACUCAUCAAGCCCGUGCCCGGUCCGUCGAUCAAGAAGAAGAAGGACGUCACGGGCGCGGCAGCGGCGGCGGCGAACGGCAAUGCCAAUGGUCAUGCUAAUGGCGGCGCCUCGGGUCCGAGCUCGCGACGUGCUUCCAUCACCAAUGCUGCCGACGCUGCGACGCACUCGCGCCACCAAUCGACCGAUGUGGCGCAGAGCGAGGGCACCUCGUCCACACCAUCGCCCAUCGACCUCUCGGGCGGCGGUGCCAUGCCGCCUCCGUCCGGUCCCACCAAUAAGAUCCUUACGCCCAGCUCCAUCAUGGGCAUCCGCUCCAGUCCCGGCUCGCAAGCACAGUCGCCCAACAGCCGUGCAUCCGGCGCCGCCUCCUUGUCCGCGCUCAAGGGCAAGGCGCGCGACGAGCUACGGUCGCAGCCACCGCAGCAGCAGCAGCAGCAGCAACAGCAAGCGAUGGUGCAGCAGCAACUGCAGCCGGAAGGCACGGGUAUGGCUUCGCAGCCGACGCAUCAGAUGUAUCCCAACAUUGCGCCGUUCCCUUCGGCAGCGGCACACAUGGGUGCUGCGCCCAAGGUGACGUUCAAUCUGCCGCAGAUGGGCGGUAUGCCGAUCCAGCCGGGCGGAUUGUCGCAGGCGGAGCGCGAUGCAUGGCUCUCGUACAAGUCGGCUGGCGGUCUCGAGUCGCGGCGUACAUCGCACAAGGCCGCCGAGCAGAAGCGGCGCGACUCGCUCAAGUUCUGCUUUGACGAGCUGCGCGGUCUGCUCCCCGCCAUCACGCUCGACGAGGAUGCGCCCAACGGCUCGUUGCUGGGUCCUGAUGGUGUUGAGGAGGACCGCGAGGCGGAGCGCUUCAAUCCCGCCGACGUGGGCGAUCCCGAGAUGGCAAGAUCGGCAAACAAGGCCAUCUCCAAGGUCGCGCUGCUCAGGCACAGCAACGAGUACCUCAUCCGGCUCAAGAAGAGGCUCGACCGCAGAGACCAGGCGCUGGCUGUGUGCAGAAACGAGAUCCACGAGCUCAGGGAGAAACUCGGCCUGCCGCCUUCGGACGAUCCGAGUGUGUCCGGCCGAGGUGCACCGCUGGGAUGGACCGACGCCGAUGAUUACGAUGAAGGCAUGGGCAACCAUUCCGCAGCCAUGUCCGCCGCACAAAGCCCCUCCGACGCCAAACCAGAGAUGGACCAGACCGCAUGA